AAUAAAUAAAUAAACAAAAAAAGGGUUAACAUACCCAAACCCGCGAAUAACCCAGUGUAUGAUGUUCUUCUGAAUCAGACUUGCUCGCGCAUGGGAUUAGAUUGAUCAACCAGAUCUGAGACUAUGUUCGAUUCGGUACCAAUUAUUAUUCAGAUUUAAUUAAGAGUAGGUUUUCCAUUUAGAGGUCCUGCAGCAAAUACAAAAGGCCCAACAUUGGGGUUUCUCUCAUUUGAGUAGUUGAAUCAGUUCCAGAUAGGCCCUUCAUCUCCGGUAACUACAAAGUAAUCACUGUCUCUCGGCCAUGGCUGCCCCAUUUUUCUCAACGCCUUUUCAGCCUUAUGUUUAUCAGAGCCCACAAGAUGCAAUCAUACCUUUUCAGAUUUUAGGGGGUGAAGCUCAGGUGGUUCAGAUAAUGUUGAAGCCACAAGAAAAAGUUAUUGCGAAGCCUGGUUCCAUGUGCUUUAUGUCUGGAUCCACUGAAAUGGAAAAUUCCUACCUUCCAGAAAAUGAAGUAGGCAUUUGGCAGUGGUUAUUUGGCAAAACUAUAACUAGCAUUGUUCUUCGCAAUCCUGGACAAAGUGAUGGAUUUGUUGGAAUUGCUGCACCUUAUUUUGCUAGAAUUCUCCCAAUUGAUUUGGCAAUGUUUAAUGGAGAGAUUUUGUGUCAGCCAGAUGCAUUUCUUUGCUCUGUCAAUGAUGUGAAGGUCAGCAACAUAGUUGAUCAGAGGGGACGAAAUGUCGUUCCUGGUGCUGAGGCAUUCUUGAGGCAGAAGCUAUCUGGCCAAGGGCUUGCAUUCAUACUAGCGGGUGGAUCUGUUGUACAGAAAAAUCUUGAGAUUGGUGAAGUUCUAGCUGUUGAUGUUUCUUGCAUUGUUGCUGUGACAAGUACUGUCAAUAUCCAAAUAAAAUAUAAUGGUCCUGCAAGAAGGACAAUGUUUGGAGGUGACAAUGCGGUGACAGCUCUUCUAACUGGACCAGGCAUUGUGUUCAUACAAAGUUUACCUUUUCAUCGACUCUCUCAGCGAAUUGCUAGGGCGGUGACAUCACCAAACAUGAGGGAAAACCCAAAGUUUUUCAUACAGAUUCUCAUUUUCUUUUUCCUGGCCUAUGUUGUCAUUGUAUCUUCAUUAAUAUUGACAGAUGUAUGAAUUCUCUUUUGUAAUUUUUAGUCUUCUCCUGUUUUACCAUUAUAGAUACUGGAAUCAGGUAGAGUGGAAAAAAAUUUAACGCAUUGGAUUACUCGGCUGAUAACAGACUUCUUGUUGGUAGAUCCUCUCUACAAAUAAGAAAAAAGGCAUCUGAGUUAUAUUAUUAUGUCUAUCACUAAAAUAGAAUUUAUUGUAUUUAUUAGUAGACAAGUCGAUUUGAACGACUUGGCCGUUCUUAUGAU